AUGAUUGCACACGACAGUCUUGAUGUUGGGCAUUUGUUUAUUGGUUCGCAUAAGCGAUCCAGCAUAUUCUGUCCUGAUCUUUAUAUUAUUUAUUUCAGUGAAAAGGAUAUCGAUGAAGUGUUACAAACUCAGACUGUUUUUUCAAAUGUAUCAAAAGGCCAGAUCGCCAAGAGAGAGGAUCUUAUAGCUGCAUUCGGCAUGGACAACCAAUUAGAAAUCUGUAAAAUUAUUCUUGAUAAAGGUGAUUUACAAGUCUCUGAAAAAGAACGGCAUGUUCAGUCAGAAUCUUCUUUCAAGGAAGUAGCUAACAUAAUAAGUAAUAUGUGUGUAAAUCCUGAAACAAAACGACCAUAUCCAACAACAAUAAUCGAAAAUAGGUUGCGAAACUUGCAUUUUAAUUUGAAACCAAAUCAAAAUGCAAAGCAGCAAGCAUUGGAAAUGAUACCGAAAAUGCAAGCGAUUAUGAAAAUUGAACGAGCACAGAUGCGUUUACGUGUUUCAGUAGAAGCUAAAGAAGCCAAACAUUUACACGGUCGUCUACGUUCUAUGUUCACUUCAAUUGAAAUUGAGGAUUGGAUUGAAGGAAAUCUUCUUAUGGUUGGAUUGAUUGAACCGGGUACCUAUCGUCAAAUCGAAGAACUUUUCCGAAAAGAGAGUUCAAAAGCUGGUAAACUGGAAUUACUUAGUCUCAAAGUAAUUAAUGAAGAUGAUAUAGAAAUAUCCUAA